UCGCACAAUAAAAUGUUACUCACACACAAACCCUAAAUCACACCUUCCCCCCUUGGAAUGGCGAUAAGGAACAAAGAGACAGAAGAAGAAGAGAACAAGAGAAUCAACAACGAGAUCGAUGUCCCUGAAGAAGAAGACGAAGACAAGAAGAUGGAGAUGUUCUUCAACCUCAUAAGAAACUACCAGGAGGCGAGGAAACGAAGGCGACAAGAGCUAAUCGAAGAUUCAGGCGAAACUGUUCCUAAUCCGACCAAGAGAUCCGACAACGGAGAGAAAAUCGGCAUUGCUCCUCCUGUGUUCCGCGCCGAGGAUUUCACUCACUGUAUAGACUUAAACUUAAAGCCAUCAAACUCAAUUCUCUCCACCGAAGAGGAGAAAGAAGAAGAAGAGGAAGAAACAGAGAAGGAGACAAGAGAAGAGAAUGUUUUAGAUCUUAAUCUCGCAUUGUAAUAAUAAUAUCACUUGGCUGCUUUUGUUUGAUAUCGUCACGCUUGUCUUGUAACGUAGAGCUCCCGGGCUUCAAAGUAGAAAGGUUUUAGUUAGCAGAAUAGGUUAAAGAGUUUCAACAAAAUUAAAUCAAAACUUAGUAUGUAACUGUCUUCCAUAUUAUAAACUGGUGAAAAUGUAAAGGGAAGCAUCCCAAACCAUACCAAGGGGCAUGCGUAUAUACAUAUUAUUCGAUAGCUUUGUUACUAGAGGAUAUGAAUUGAGUUUUCACA